CAAUUCCAUCCACCACCACUCUUCUCCUCCCUUCACAGCCACGGUCACCGACAAACACUCUCCGCCCUGGUAUUCCUCACCGGAAACGCGUUUAGCAACAUUUUUUGUGCUUUUGAGUUAGUGUUUUUAGCUUUUUUCCUGAAGAAAUGGCAGGGAGAGUAGAUCUGGAUGGAAAUCCGAUAAAGCCGAUUACUAUUUGCAUGAUUGGGGCCGGGGGUUUCAUCGGUUCCCACCUCUGUGAGAAAUUGAUGUCGGAGACCGACCACGCUGUCCUCGCCGUCGACGUUUACAAUGAUAAGAUCAAGCAUUUGCUGGAGCCAGCUUCCCUCCCCUGGGCUGGUCGUAUCCAAUUCCACCGCAUCAAUAUCAAGAACGACUCUCGUCUCGAAGGACUCAUCAAGAUGGCGGAUCUCACCAUAAAUCUUGCUGCGAUCUGCACUCCAGCUGAUUACAACACCAGGCCUCUUGAUACAAUCUACAGCAACUUCAUCGAUGCUUUGCCCGUGGUUAAGUACUGUUCUGAAAAUGGCAAGCGUCUCAUUCACUUCUCUACCUGUGAAGUGUAUGGGAAAACGAUUGGUAGCUUUUUACCUAAAGAUAGCCCUCUGAGGCAGGACCCUGCUUACUAUGUGUUAUCAGAAGACACCUCCCCUUGCAUUUUUGGUUCUAUUGAGAAGCAGAGGUGGUCCUAUGCAUGUGCAAAGCAAUUGAUUGAGAGGCUUAUCUAUGCUGAGGGUGCGGAAAAUGGUCUUGAAUUCACCAUUGUCAGGCCAUUUAAUUGGAUUGGUCCUAGAAUGGAUUUCAUUCCUGGAAUUGACGGUCCCAGUGAGGGUGUUCCAAGAGUCCUUGCGUGUUUUAGUAAUAACCUUUUGAGGCAUGAGCCACUGAAGCUUGUCGAUGGAGGCCAGUCUCAGAGAACCUUUGUUUACAUUAAAGAUGCAAUUGAAGCUGUUCAUCUGAUGAUUGAAAACCCUGCUAGAGCAAAUGGUCAUAUAUUUAAUGUGGGUAAUCCCAACAAUGAAGUGACAGUAAGGCAGCUAGCAGAAAUGAUGACUCAGGUUUAUUCGAAGGUAAGUGGAGAACCUCCACUAGAAGUGCCUACAAUUGAUGUUAGCUCAAAAGAAUUUUAUGGUGAGGGAUAUGACGAUAGUGACAAGAGGAUUCCAGACAUGACCAUCAUCAACAAGCAGCUUGGUACAAACUUGUUGCCCUUUUUGCAGCUAAAGUUUUUAAUCCAAGACAUUGUUUUGACUGUUAAAUUUAAUCCCGUGGUUAUAAUUCCAGGUUGGGAUCCGAAGACAUCACUCUGGGACUUGCUUGAAUCCACCCUUACUUAUCAACACAGGACGUAUGCUGAGGCUAUUAAGAAAGCAACAUCAAAGCCAGUUGCAAGCUAAGGAAUGUUAUGGAAUGGGUUGUUUUACUAUCCUGCUGCCUGUUUUCCGUUGGUUUAAUUCUUUCCAGUGAUCUCUUGAGUAUAUCGAUAUGGUUCAUUGUCACAUACACCACCUUUGUUCAUUUUCGAUGUGUUAGUAGUCUAUAGCUCCCAGUUGUAAGGAUGAGUCCCCAAUAUCUUGAUAUCAAAAAACAGCAUUCUAGUAGAUGAAGAGCUGCCAUAUUUUGCUGAACCAAAGCCACUGGGCUGUGGCACCUUCCCUUAGAAAAUUACAAUUUGAGAAAGUAUACAAAGAUAGCCUGUCCAUUGGGCCAGUUUAUUUGUUCUUACUCAUUUGAUCUCCAAUGUAAUUGCAAUUAUAUAGGAUAUUUGUUCCAUGUACGUCAACAUUUAGUUUCCUUAAUGCUUUGGUACUUGCUUUUUCUCCUGGCGAACAUUGAAAGCUGUACGUAGGAGUUAAAAGUGGAAGCCAUGAGUAACACAAAAUCCAUCUUUUGGCCCUUUUUUUUUUUGUUGCGAUCACACAUAAAACUAGAUGCAGCUUGCCUUGUCUUUUGUAAUUGUACACGAUGAGUAUAUCCUUGAUCUGUAGAAGGUUUUUUUGUUCUAGAGCAGUAGCAGGAUUUAUUGCUAAUUUCUCUCAUCUCUUACAGACUGACGCAUCUACGAAUUCUCCUCCUGUUGGUGAAAUGCGC